AAAUUCUUAAUAUAUUGAAACAACUCAACAGCCAACGGCUUAACUUCGCGGCAAGUUGCAUGUGGCCACACAAAGCCAUACAGAUUAAAUUCAGAAUCCGUAAUUCAGAUUUGGGGUUCUCUUUUCAUGCGCAGCAGUCUACUCUUUAGGAUCUCUUGACUACUACAGUUUCUGUCUACUUAAUCAUUGAUUUUUAGCCACUUGUGCCUGCCGCCAGACCCUGCCGCCACCGACCGCCAAAGCCAGCCAAGCCAAUUUAGUUAUUGCUUCUCAAACAGUAAUAACUGCACCUGAACUACACCUCAUUUUUUUUUGCUUCUGAAUCCACCUCAACUCCUCACGACUAUAUAACGCCCCCUCUUCUACUCGAAGCUCCUCCUCCUCCUGCUCUUUUUUCUAUACAUUUUAAAGAGAGCCUGUACAGCAGCUGCGAUACCCCUCCUCGUCAACACCGCUUUUUGUCUCAUCCAAGACCAGCCAGUCACCAAGGGGUCCACUACCCACUGUACUACACUGUACUACGCGCACUCCAUACAAACCAGCAUUGGCUUCCCUGGCCCUGCGAAAUAUCGGAUGUUGCCCGAACGCGCAUCCUACGGUCAUUCAUGAUCAGGCGCAUGAUUGCCGAGUCAUCAUACCUGUAGCUGGAACGCUACGCGCAAUCGCGCAAUAUGUCAGGAGACCGUUCUCACUGGGAUUCACGGCAAAAUUCGCCCCGGAGUCCACACCGAGGCGGCCGCGGUGGUGGCCGAGGUCAAUAUCGAGGACGCGGGCGAGGAUCGUAUCAUGAAGACCGAAGUCGGGAGGACCAGGACGAACGAGAGCGAGAACGGCGCGCUGCUGCUGCGGAAAACUACCGGAAUAAUCGAGGGCAAUAUUCGCCUGCGGAAUAUCGUGACCGUAACAGAGACAAUGGCACGUCUCGGGACUCGAGCGAGCACGGAUAUCGUCGAACGUUACCAAAACCACAAGAGUCGACUCCUUCAACCCCUACUAGGUGCGGACUAGGCACUGAGUUCGCGUCAGCAAUACAGUCGUUGGCUGAGUGGACCACAGAGGAGAAAAAUUUACGUCUCAGGUGCGAACGGGCGAGGCAAGACUGCGAUGAGGCAAGGUAUAUUUUCGAUUCAGGGAAGCCUACACAUUCCCAAUUUCCUAUUGAGGCGGAAAGAGCAAAAGAAAGAUAUGCUAAGGAAAAGUCGGCGCUUGAAGCUUUGGAGGCAAAGUUGAAAGAGGCAAAUUCCAAGAUAUCCAGCACCACCACGGUCGUGGCGCAACACUAUGAUUCCCUUAUUUCUUCCAAAGGUGGAGCGAGAUCGUUUCAGCUUGGCACUGGGAUCGAGAAUGGGUUAUCAGAAGCUGACGAUAAGUUUUUGAAGCUCGAAAGGGAUAUGAAAGCCGAGAACCGGAAGCUUCAGGAGGAAUUUGAUUUGCGUCUUAAAGGUGCCGAAGAUAGGAUAAGGAGCGACUCUCGUGACCAGGUGGUCGCCAUGAAUUCAUCUAUAUUAAGCAAAACCGAUAAUCUCCUUACGCUUAGCAGAGACGUCCUUGAGCUUAAGAAGCACUCAGACUAUCACAAAAAUCAGCUCAGUCAACAGCAGGAUCAGCUGAGAGAAUACAAAACUGCCAUCAAGAAGCUUGGUGGAGCACCAGUUAAUGGGUAUUCAAGCGACGCUCCUUCUCCAGGCGAUGAGAAGACUCUCAUGCGCAUCCAGUCAGUGGAGACUCAAUUGGCUGCCGAACAUUCGUCAAAUCUAAAGCUAGCAUCUCGAAUCGAAACUGUCGAACAGGUACAAACCACUAAUACGUUGGCAAUGCAACAAGAGAUCCAACUUGCCGUUGCUAAUACGUCAAGCUUGGAGCUCGUACCAAGAAUCGAUGCUAUCGAAAGGAGCCAAGCCGCUAUGUUGCAAAUACAAGAUAAUUUUGAACAGCUGCAACACAACGUCGGUGGCUUUGAUGAUGAUCUAAGCCGCCAUGACCAGAGAAUCAAAGCCUUGGAGAGUUCUUCAGAUAGACCUCAAUUGUCGGAUACCACUGGUCCCGGAAAUGACACUACUCCUGUUGCAAGCCUAGUAACGCAACAGAUAAAUGCUCUUAAGAAUUAUAUGAGCGAAAGCAUUGUGGAGAUCAAAGCAUCACAGGAUGCUUCUGACGGAGCGCAUGGGUCACUAAUACAAGGGUUACUUGGCAAUGUCUCAACAAUGGAGGCUAGGGUGGCUGGAUUAAUGAAUGGCGUCGAAGCACUUCAUGCUCAACAAAAGGCCACGUUUGACGAGUUAAGGCAGUUGUUGAGAAGGGUUGGGUCCCUGGAGUCUGACUUCGUUCAUAUGAAACCUGUCAAGGCUGUAGCACCGUUAAACGGAUCGGAGAAUGCGGCCUCUGCAUCUACAACCGGUUUUCUUCAAAAUGGCGUUCACGCACCAGGGAUUGAUUGGGGCCCAGCUCUAAAUUCUUUGAGUAGUGAAGUGGCCGAUAUCAAUCGCAGACUGGCCGAAACUAAGCAAUUCGAAGCUGGAAUCAACAUGGGUAUACGGAACUUGGACACGCGGAUGAAUAACAUCUUUACCGAUCAUCUCUCUAAGCAGAUCCUUGGGCAGCUCCAAACGGUGUAUCCGAAUCUCGUCCAGGUUGAAACUCUUGUCCGAGACUUAAACACUCGUAUGGGACUCGUCGAAGGCACCUUUCACAAUCAUACCGAGAGUAUUGGCUACAUCAGAGAUUCUCAGGACGCGGUUCAAGGUAGGCUACGAACCUGGGAGAGUAACUAUACCACGGCGAUUGCAAAUUUAUCGACGGCGGUAGACUCUGUUAGAGACUCCGUUCAUAUCCUACAAUCCCCGGGUGUUGGCUUUAGGACGCCUGGUGGGAGCAACGAACAGGACGCGAUUCAGGGUAGGCAACAAGCCGGGGAUAAUAACUAUACCACGACGAUUGCAAAUUUAUCGGCGGCGGUAGACUCUAUUAAAGGAUCCGUUUCUAUCCUACAGUCCCAGGCUGAUGGCUCUAAAGCUUAUUUAAAGGAAGAAAUGACGGUGCGGAUGGACUCGCUAUUCAAAGACCUUAAGGAACAUAUUGAGGCAGUAUCCAAACGUUUGCAGAGGCAGAUUGAGGAUAUUGAGCACCUAAUCGAGUUCGAUGAGGAUGGAAAAGUGCAGUCAGUGAAAGAAGCGAUCCACGUUCUCACGGAGAACUAUGGGAAGAUGAUGGGAGAGUUCGACGCGCUUGAUUACCAAGUGCAAAAGCUUAAGGCGGAAUCUGCCUCGAGCCGUGAAGGCAGUGCCGUCAAUCAGCCGCAGGUUGGCAAGGUACAAGAAACCGUGCCAUCUGCCUCUGGCCCUAGGGCUGUUUCGACAGCACUCCCUUCCCCUGCGUCGUUAAUAUCUAGGCAGUCUGGAAACAAGCGCAGUGCUCCGUCUUCGCCUUCGGCUAGGUCACAAGUGUCUGGUCAGAAGCAAACAAGCAAGAGGAGACGAGAGGCCCAAGGGCCAUUUGUGUUCUCGGAUGGGGACCAGGAGUAGGGUGUUAGCUAGGGAAGCUAAGAAAUGGCGUUUCAGGAGGUCGAGAUUCAAGAAGAGCGCUUCUUACAUUUACUUUUUUAGCGAGACGUUCAUGGCUACUGUCCGACACAAAAGUUCAUUUGGGCUUAUUGCUUGCUGUCAACAAUGCAGUACCAAUUUUGCUUUAAAUGCACGAAAGCGAAAUAUACGACCAUACGAUUUUAAAGGCUGCAGUGGCUCUAGCUGCUAAGUCGGUCACGACAGAACAUCAAUCACCUAUAAUGCAGCAAGUUGCCUUACUACAUUUUUAAUCAUCUGGCUUCUAUUAGAGCGAAGGAAUAGGUGGUUGCAGCUUAGAGAGGGGAGUUGGCGUUUUCAGAGAUACCAACCUAUUACUAUUGUUACAUAGGCACAAUAAUACAAGACAACGAUGCAACAAGAACAAAGACAACAUCUAAAGCUAAGGGAACAUAUAAUAAAUGGACAACAUUAUGAUUCCUUAUUGUAAUCUAGUAGCAGUUAUGCUCCUUUAACUACUAUUUCAUCUCCCC